AAGGUUUGUCGGUAUCGCGGUCACACUGGUUGCGCUGUUUCGCACGUGCAAUAUUUUGGAAAUAUGCGCAAUUUGAAGUUGCAAUACUGCAAUGAGCAACAAACGAAGGUGUCCCAGCCCCGGCAGAUGCUGCAGGAGCCGGAGAUCGGCCUGGAGACCAGCUACAUAGCCACCGAGAGCAAUGUGUACGCCGUGAGGGCGACCGGUGAUGCUCCACCGAAAGUAAUCGCGGAUCUGCCCGACAUCGUGGCAGCCGAGUUCCUGCAGCUAAACAAUGUUAUCUGUGUGGCCACACGAGCCGGUGAGGUGCUGCUCAUCGAUCCGGAGACUCUGGCCACCAGCGAAGGCACCUACUGCGACGUGGGAAUCGAGCGGAUGGCCUGGUCGCCCAACCAGGAGGUGGUGGCCUUCAUAACCAGCUCCCACAAUGUGGUGGUGAUGAACUCCACCUUCGAUGUGAUCGCUGAGCAGCCGCUGGAGGCGGAACUGCCCGCCGAUCAGCAGUUCGUCAACGUGGGAUGGGGCAAGAAGGAGACGCAGUUUCAUGGCUCUGCUGGCAAGCAGGCUGCCAAGCAGUCUACAGAUCAACCCACCCAGGACACGCAGGACUUGCACAGCAAGGAGGUGAACAUUGCCUGGCGAGGGGAUGGCGCCUACUUUGUGAUCUCAUAUGUGUCUGGGGGACGCACCUUCAAGGUGUACGACUGCGAGGGCAAGCUCCAGCACACGGCCGAAAAGAGCAGCAAUCUGAGGGAGAUAAUCGCAUGGCGUCCAUCGGGCAACUGGAUUGCCCUGCCACAGUGGUUCCCCAACAAGUCGACCAUAUCACUGUUCGAGAAGAACGGCCUGCGGCAUAGGGAAAUCGUCCUGCCCUUCGACCUGCAAGAGGAGCAAAUAGUGCAGCUCAAGUGGAGCGAAAACUCGGACAUUCUGGCCAUCCGCACAUCGAGGAAGCGGGAGCAGCAGCAGCGGGUGUAUCUGUACACAAUUGGAAACUAUCAUUGGUACCUCAAGCAGGUCCUCGUCUACGCAGACACCGAUCCCGUGGCUGUGCUGCACUGGGACACCCGCAUGGGUGCGGAGCAGACGCUCCAUGUGCUCCUCGAGAGUGGCAAACAGCUCGUCUACAGCUGGGCCUUCGAUGUGGAGCCCAAUGCCCGCCAAGGCAUCGUGGGCGUGAUCGAUGGCAAGCGGCUGCUCCUCACAGACUUUGCCCGGGCCGUGGUGCCGCCGCCCAUGUCCCAGUGCGUGCUGCAGCUGGACAACUACAUCAAUGCCAUUGCCUGGGACGAUCAGCAGCUGUGUGUGUACGCCUGCGAUCAAAGGUUCCACUUCUACGAGCUCAAGGAGCGCCUGCAGCUGCAGCCAGAGCCCAGGGGCUCCAUCGAUAUUCGGUCAAGCGAUGAGCAGCUCCUGCAGCUCUCCAACUUUACAUACUUUGCCAGCAAUGGUCAGCUGCUGGCCACGACUAGCGUUCAGGGAAACACACGCCUGCUGUGGCUGCACAAGAGCAACGAUUGCUACACCGUGCUGACCUCCCUGAGGAUCAAUGGUCUGGUGAAAGCCCUUUCGAGGGCAACCCACAAUAGCAGGAGUAUCUAUGCCCAUACACUCGACAGCGCAAAGACCUACGACGUCAGCCUCACAGCGGACAACACUUUCGCUGUGGCACAUGCCAAACAGUUUGAGUCUUCACUCCAAAGUGGACUCGUCACCCUGCGCAGUCAGCAGCUGCUGCAACUGGGUGGAAAUGGGCCACAACGGAUUGCCGAGGAUGUUACUUCGUUUCUCUUUUUCGGCACCUAUCUGGCCUACACCCAAAUGAACGCUCUCCACUUUGUGGACACCGAAAAUCGUCAGCAUUUGGCCACGCGCAGCAUCGAGAGGGGAGCCAAGCUGGUCACGGCCGUAGACGAGGAGGCGCGCGUGGUGCUGCAGCUGCCGCGUGGCAAUCUGGAGGCAAUUUAUCCACGAUUGCUGGUCCUGGAUCAGGUGAAGGUGCUGCUUAACGACAGGCGUGGCAGGUACCUGGCGGCCAUGAAGCUGCUGCGGAAGCAUCGCAUCAAUCUGAACAUCAUCUGCGACACGAAUGUGGAGAAGUUUGUGGCCCGUGUGGAUGUAUUUCUGCGCGAGAUCCAGGAGAGCCAGUGGCUGUGCCUGUUCAUCAGCGAACUGCAGGACGCAGACACCACCGCCAUGUACCCGCAGAGGUCCAACGAGGCGCCACAGCGCCUGCCGCCUGGCUUCAAGUUUGAGCAGAAGGUGGCCUAUAUCUGCGGCCUGCUGAGCAAACGCAUGACGGAGACCCCCAGCGCCAAGGAACGCGCUCGCUUCCGUUUGCCCUUGGUGACGGUGUGUGUGCGGCUGGGAGAUGUAAAUGCGGCACUGAAGCUCGUUCGACAGGACCUGGAGCAUCCCGGGCAGGAGGAUCAGUACCUCAAGUACCUGAUGUACCUCGUGGACAUCAACGAGCUGUACAACGUGGCCCUGGGCAGCUAUGACCUCGGCAUGGCUCUGUUUGUGGCGCAGAAAUCGCAAAAGGAUCCCAAGGAGUUCCUGCAGUAUCUGAACGAGCUGAAGGCGCUGCCCGAGGACUAUCGCAAGUUCCGGAUCGACGAUCAUCUCAAGCGCUACUCAUCAGCGGUGCAGCAUCUCGCUCGCUGCGGCGAGGAGCACCACGAGGAGGCAAUGGAGUUCACGCGGAAGCAUGGCCUCUACACUGUCGCCUUGUCCUCGUACAAGGCUCAUCCGGAGUUCCAUCGUCGCCUGUGCGUGGCCUAUGCGGAUCAGCUGAGGGCGAGUGCCAAGCUGGAGAAUGCGAGUCUCAUGUACGAGCGUGGCGGGGAGCUGCAGCAGGCGCUGCUCAGCGCACGACACACACUCGACUGGCAGCGGGUCUUGGUGCUGGCCAAGGCUCUGGGGGAGCAGCCGUUGGAGCAGGUGGCUCUAUCGCUUGUGGGUCCGCUGCAGCAGCAGGGCAGACACCUGGAGGCAUCCGAGUUGGUUAAGGAGCAUGUCCGGGAUACGGAGAAGCACAUGGAGGUGCUGCUAGAAGGACAUCUCUAUGGCAAGGCCAUCUACGAGGCGGGUCUACAGGGUGGAGAUAUUUUGGAUGAGAAGAUAGCCCCCGCUUUGGUGGCCCAUGCGGGACAGAUGCACAACUCCCUGAAGUCGGAUCUGCAGCUCUUUCUGGAGUACAAGCAACGUCUGCUGGACAUACGACAGCGUCGGGCCAAUGGCGCUGACACAGAGGGUGGCGACGGCGAUGUGGACAUUGACGAGGUGGAUCUGCUCUCGGACACGUCGAGUAUGCAGUCCUCCCGCUACAGCGGCACAUCCCGCGGCACAGGCAAGACAUUCCGCUCGAGCAAAAAUCGACGCAAGCACGAACGCAAGCUGCUCAGCCUGAAGCCGGGCAACCCCUUCGAAGACAUUGCGCUCAUCGAUGCGCUGCACCAGCACGUCACGAAGAUCGGCCAGCAGCAGCAGGUUGUGCGUGACACAUGCAAAGCGCUGCUGCAGCUGGGCGGGGGCGAGGACACGCUGGCGCAGGCACUGCAGCGUGAAUUCAAGACGCUGCUGCAGACAGUGGAGUCGGCCCUGGACGAGAUCUGGAUACCCGAGCUGGUGGGCAGCAGCAGUGGCUCACUGGCGCAGCAUCUGACGGGCCCAAAUGUGGACUACAUGGCCCUGCAAAAGGAGCAGCGCUACGCUUUAAUAAGUCCCCUGAAGCGGUUCAAGCCCCAGCUGAAUGCCGUCGACUGGCAGCACGAGAUUCUCCAAUAAGCCCAAUCAUCGAUUUGCGUGCCGUGCAGAAGAGGAUAGAUUGCCUUGGCUUUUCCAUUUACUUUCACUCUUGUGCUGAAAUUAAAUGUUGCAUUGCUAAUUGAAAU